GUGGAGGUGAAGAAAAAUCAUCGCAGCAUCGAUAGGUCCAUCGCUGAUUCUCCACCUCUGCCGCAUUAGCGUUUCUUGAGGAAAAGUGCACAAAAACCGCUGUUUUCCGGUGCAGUUUGUUAAGCUGUUUGCUGAAAACUUGUGGCGCGAACUGCGACGCAAAAACGCAUUAAAACUAAAAAACUCCAGGUAAACAGAAGCUAUUGAAGGCUGAAAUCGCAGGAGAUGUCCAAUUCGGAGAAUAUGCAGGGCCAGGAACACGACAACGAGCAGUCAUCCGACUUGGAGGAGUCCACCGACAAUGUGGGCCGUGAUGAGGGCACCGACGAGGACGAGGACAGCAAUGGCAACAUGCAGCAGGAGGACGGUGAUGGUGAUGGUAACAACGAUGGCGAUAACCAGGAGCAGUCCGGCGAUGAGGAGCAGAACAAUGGCCAGGGCAACGAUGGCAAUAACAGCUCCAGCCAGCAGCAGCAGCAGCAGCAACAGCAGCAGCAGCAGCAGCAAAUGGACCGCACCAGUGCCACCAAUCUGAUCAUCAACUAUUUGCCCCAGGACAUGACCGAUCGGGAGCUGUACAACCUUUUCAGCGGCUGCGGGCCCAUCAACACCUGCAAGAUAAUGCGCGACUUUAAGACCGGAUAUAGUUUCGGCUACGGCUUCGUGGACUACAAAACGGAGUCGGACUCGGAGGACGCCAUCCAGAAGCUGAACGGCUUCUAUGUGCGCAACAAGCGAUUAAAGGUCUCGUAUGCCCGACCUGGUGGGCAGUCCAUCAAGGAUACCAAUCUGUACGUCAUCAACCUAUCGCGGAACAUCAACGACGACAUGCUCGACCGCAUCUUCUCGCCCUUCGGCCUGAUUGUCCAGCGUAACAUCCUAAGGGACAAGCUCACUGGACGCCCGCGUGGCGUUGCUUUUGUGCGCUACAACAAGCGCGAGGAGGCUCAGGAGGCGAUCAAGGCUUUGAACAACACGGUGCCGGAGGGCGGAUCGCAGCCAAUCUGGGUGCGACUCGCGGAGGAGCAUGGCAAGGCCAAGGCGGCCCAGUUUAUGUCCCAGAUCGGAGGUGGCAACGGUGGUGGAGGCGGUGGCCCGCCGCACAUGGGUCCCGGUGGACCGAUGCAGCCGCCGCAUCACCAUAAUAACCACCAUCACAACAACCACCAUAAUCCGCAUAUGCCGCCGCAUCACCAACAGCAACAGCAUCCGCACCAGCAUCCGCAUCACCAUCCGCCGCUGCACCAUAUGCAGCACCACCAUCCCAACAACCACAACAACAAUCACCACAAUAACCACCAUCACAACAACAACAACCACAACAACAACAAUCACCACCACAACAACAUGGGCGGUCCGCAUCCACACCACAUGCAGCAAAUGCACCCGAUGGGCAUGAACAUGGGCAUGGGCGUGAACAUGGGAAUGGGCAUGGGCAUGGGCAUGCCCAUCCAUGGUGGCGGCGGCGGUGGUGGUGGCGGCGGCGGUGGUGGUGGUGGAGGCGGCGGUGGCAAUGGAGGCGGUGGCGGUGGUGGCUUCCACCACAUGGCGCACAGAGCUGCAUCUCACAGGUGAAGUGUUCAUGCUGCCAUUGCCGAUUUGCAGCCGAUUCCCCAGCCAGCCGCAUCCCGUAGGCAAUGGCACUCGCCACAGCCCCAACAAGAACAACCAGAGCAACUGCGCCAGCAGAUUCAGCAGAU